AUGCCUCAACGACGGGACUUGAGAGCAGCGCGGAGACAUCGGCCCGGCGCACUCAAUCGUCCGAGCCGUGCAAUUGUCGCCGGAUGGAAUAACGAACUCGCAGAUGACAGGUUUGGUGGGUGCAAGGAUCGAUGGAGGAAACGGUACGGCGGGGUACAUGACAGUACAUCGGCCUUCCAAAAUCGCCAAAUGCCGACCGACGGCCUGAGUAAGCUUGUGUUCGCUCCGGCGUUGCUUUGUCCAGACAGCGCGCAGAGACCCCAGUUCGCCGAAGAACUCCCCAUUCUGAUUCCGCUGCCCGCAAUUCAAAAGCGAGAGCGAAUCAAGGCGUGCUAA